ACGUAUCGACGGUUACGGACUACAGACACUGCACCACUAACGUUACAGUUCCGGUGUCCCAUCCAUGGUCCCACCUCGGAGUCGGAGCAGCAUUUUAGCUACAACGACGGCGGGAAGUUGUUAUCGUCAAUUUAACCACAAAUCAGAAACAAGGGAAGGCACUAAUUUGAUAACGAUCGACAUUUCACUAUCUCAUAUUAAUGGAUCUGUAAUCGGAAAUACACUAACUGUACGCUAAGAUUAUCAGCGUGGGAUUCAGCUAAUAUGGCUAACGUCGGAAACCAGCUACCAACACAGGCCGUUAGCAAGCCUGCACCAGGAAAACAUGGAAAUGUAUUGCCCCUGUGGGGCAACGAAAAGACAAUGAACCUCAACCCAAUGAUUCUUACGAAUGUGCUGUCUUCGCCGUAUUUCAAAGUUCAGCUUUAUGAGCUAAAGACCUACCAUGAAGUUGUGGACGAAAUCUACUUCAAGGUGACUCACGCUGAGCCCUGGGAAAAAGGAAGCAGAAAGACUGCAGGCCAGACUGGAAUGUGCGGAGGGGUGCGUGGAGUUGGGACCGGUGGUAUUGUGUCUACUGCUUUCUGUCUUCUAUACAAACUGUUUACUCUCAAGCUGACUCGCAAACAGCUGAUGGGUCUGAUCACUCACACAGACUCUCCAUACAUCAGAGCACUUGGCUUCAUGUACAUAAGAUACACUCAGCCUCCAGCAGAUUUGGUAGAAUGGUAUGAUGGCUUCCUGGAUGAUGAGGAGGAGCUGGAUGUGAAGGCUGGGGGUGGCUGUGUGAUGACCAUUGGAGAGAUGCUGCGCUCCUUCCUCACCAAACUGGAGUGGUUCUCCACUCUGUUCCCCCGUAUCCCCGUGCCUGUGCAGAAGAUUAUUGACCAGCAGAUGAAGGCAAGGCCUCGUAAAGUUGCUCCAAAGGAAACGCAGCAGCAGGAGGAAGAGGAGGCUGCAGUGGCAGAGGCAGGGGGGCAAGGGGAGAGACGCCACUCCAGGACACCCAGGCGGACACCAAGCCCCCGAAGGUCACCCAAACGGUCGAGAAGCAGAAGCCACCACCGUGAGAAAGAACGCCACGGCCCCAGCUUUGACCGAGAGCUGGAGAGAGAGCGUGACCGCCAGAAGAAGGAGAGGGACGGCAGGGACCGGGACCGAGGGGAGAGGGAGAGACGGCGGUCCCGCAGUGCAGACAGGAACCAAGACCGGCGCGAACGCAGAAGGAGUCGCAGUGGCAGCCGGGAACGAAGGAACGAACGCAAAGACAAAGAAAGGGACGGCGGGGAGGACAAGAGCAGGAGGAAGGACAGGGAACACCACAAAGAUAGAGGCACUGAGAGGGAGAGGUCCAAGGAUAAAAAGAACAGGGGAGAGACUGAUGACAGGAGGCACAAAGACGACAGGGAGAGGCACAGAGAAGAGAGGAAGGCCAAAAGGUUGAGCCGGAGUCGAAGCAGGGACAGGAGGCACCGAAGUGGGGGAGAGGAGAAGAGCAGGAAAAUAGAGGGCAGCCACAGCAGAGAUAAAGACAGGGAGCGAGAUGGAGAACAGCGGUCUCACAAAAGUAGCGGUAGCAAGGAGAGGAGCCAUCAUCAGCGAGAGUCCAGUAAUGACCAUUGUAAACAUAGUGAAGGCAGGAGUCGGAGCACUGAGUAAAUGUCGCCUACCAGCAAUAUUACUUCUUCUACUCCUGUGUUUUUCUCCCUUUUUUUUCCUACCCAGUUGUCUGGUUGGUCACUUGUGCUAAAGAGAAGGAAUGUCAGCACAUUGGACAUCUGGAGUUAUUGUCUUUGGCCAAUGUAAUGUUGCUUUACUUUUAUGUUUUUUUUUCUGCCUUUUUUUUCACUCCCCAUUAGAUCCAUUGUUAGUGUUCACUUGAAAUUUGAAAAGUGGCAAAAAUGGCAUUCUAUGGUGCGUUCGUUUGCCCCAGGAUGAUGUGGGUUUGUACAUACUGUUUCAGAGGCUGUCUACACACGAUAAAUGGUCCGAUUUGCAAUGCUUGCUGGGUCGGCGCUGUCAUCAUAUAUAUGUAAUGUAUAAAUAAUUUUUUUCAGGUGG